GCCUGUGAAUCAUGUGAGACGGAAUGCGAUCAUCAGCGCGGUGCCGUCUGGUUUGGCCCUGCCCAGGCACCGUCGCUAGCAGACUCAGGAAAUGGCUUCAGAGUCCCAGCCGCGGUUUGGCCAGUCCGUCAAAGGGUUAUUAUCCGAUAAGGUGGGCUCCUGUAGCGGGGAUGUGAUCGCACUGACCCGCCAAGUGCUGAAGGGAUCCCGCAGUCAGGAGCUUCUUGGCCAAGCAGCAAGAAACAUGGUCAUUCAGGAGGAUGCCAUCCUGCACUCUGAGGAUAGUCUGAGAAAAAUGUCCAUUAUCACCACACAUUUACAGUACCAGCAGGAGGCCAUCCAGAAGAAUGUGGAGCACUCCAAAAACCUGCAGGACCAGCUGAGACACUUGCUGAAGUGACGGAGCAGAAGAGGACCUCAGGAGGGGGGGUCCUGCCUGUGAUGACCAACACCGUCUCAGUCGGGGGUCCAGCGUUUGCUCACACGGAUAAUCUGCCAUAACUAUACUUUGUAACACGCUGCUGGCCGGUACAGGUGGGACUGUCAUCAUUUCCCGUUUUGGAAGUGAUGUGCUGCUCUGUAUCAAACACACACACACACACAGUGCCUGUGUGUGUGUGUGUGUUUGACAAACCACUAAAUCCUCCACACUGGACCUUUAAGGUGGAUUCAUGCAUUGAAAAGUGUGGUUUGGGAUUUCAUUGUGUGUGUAGUCAUUUUUGCCAUUCAGGGUUUGAGAGGACAGUAAUUAAACAAGAAGACAUUUUACACGGUUGAAUAAGAUGAAAAAUUAUGAAUUGGGAAAAGUUUUGGCAAGGACACAGAGUCCAGAUCCCUUGUGGUUCAAGGAUGGAGCAGAUCUUGGCAGCGUGCACUGCAGGAGAGCAAACAAACUGCUUAAGCCCCAUCGGGUGCUCUUGGCUUCGCGGGUCGGCCCAGGGGACAGCGCGUACGCUUCUUCGAGUCUAGUUUAAUGUGCAUUUAAAUGAUGCAUUAAAAAAGAUUGCUGCUUUAACAUGUAGUUUCCAUUUUGUGACAGCUUUAAUUUGAAGACAACUGUCGUGACAUGAAACAAAGAGGCGUCAGCAGCGUGCCACCUAAAAAUGAAACGAGCCAGUGAACAGGAAAUGGAAAGUCUACAUUAAAAGAAUAUUUCUCCAUAAACUGAGAAAUUCUAACCAUUACCUGCUCCGACUCAUGAUGAGGAGCAAAGGGACAAAGUUAUCAGCAGCCUGAAGGCCCAGCAGCUGCCCUGACGGCGGCCCUGACGGCGGCCCUGAAGCCCCGCUGCUGAGUCUCGUUACCUAAUGCAGCUGCACGAGUUGUACAUACUGGCCUUCAGUGACAACCAGGCUAGUCAGCAGAAUCCAUGUGUGUAGAUAGUUAUAGAAUCAUAAGUAGUAGAUAUUCAUCUCUAAGGUUGCUGUGUUUUUGAGAGUGACUGCAGAUCUGAGAAACACUGGAAGCAGCAGUAAAACAUUUCUGUGAUUCGAGACGUUUUUUUAACCGUGGUUGAUCCAAUUGACCCGACAGCGUACCAUAUACUUCAUAGUGUAUUACUGUUAAACUAUUAACUGUGGCUUGGAAGGUACAAAAACACAAACAAUAUGGAAAUGGUUCUUACGUAAACUAUAUGAUUUGUACUCUAUUUUCAGUGUCUCUGAAGAAUAUCGUGCCUGCUGUCCACAUCGAACCCUUCAGAGUUUUCAAAUGGUCAAAUGUUACAAACAUUUGGGAAUAUGAGGUUGAAAGCUUCUUUCCUUGGGAACAGCAGCUGAGAAAAGACUCCCGCCACGUGAGGACUUCUCCUCCACGUUGGCUUCUAAGCUUCUAAAAUCUAAAUUGGAUCUUUGUGUAGAAGCAAAUGUCUCUUGUGCUAGGCAGACGUCCAGUACGGUCUGCAUGAUGUCUGUGCUUGACAAUUUAGAAAGACAUUUUCUUUUUUUCACUGCAUUGGUUCUUUUAAUUUCAUCUGUUAAAUUGCUCUUUUAAUCUUAAUGAUGUUUGAUGAUGUGAUACUGAACUACAUGUACAUCUCUUGGUUUUAUGUCUUUUGUGAACGACUUUAAGUCGUCUGAAAGGUGCUAUGUGCUGUAAGUUACUGCUGUGCUGAUACUGCAUGCCUCUCCCUCCACCUUCAAACCUUUUGCCUCGGCUCAGUGCAUCACAGCUGAAAAAUUCCUCACGCAUUAUAUCUUAUGUGAGAAUGUGUGAUGGUCUACAUUACAUUAUUUAUUCUUAUUAUUUUGGUAUGUGAAUGUUAAAAAGCAGAUCUUGAUCUCAGUGAGACUACCUGUUGAAAUAAAGGAUUAACUAACAAAAA